CUUUGGGAAAGGAAGACUUUCUCCAUCAACAGAACGUUUGUCACGAUCUGUUGAUUAUCUUUUAUCUCUAUUUGAUCUCUACGUGUUAUCAUUCAAACCGUAGAGUCUUAUUUCUUUCAAAAUGCCCAUCUCUAACGGUGAUGCACUUGGCCGGGCCAUGAAGGCUGAGAUCCAGGACCACACCAAGGCCCUCGAAGUUCUGGAGAAGGAUUAUACCUCCAGAGAUGGUCUUGAUGUUGAUACCUUGCUCGAUUCGGAUAAGCACGGAGCAUUGACUUACAAUGACUUCCUUAUCUUGCCUGGUUACAUCGGCUUCCCUGCGUCAGAUGUCACUUUGGACACCCCGGUCACCAAGCGUGUUUCCCUGAAGGCCCCUCUUCUCUCUUCUCCUAUGGAUACCGUCACCGAACACAACAUGGCGAUCCACAUGGCUCUUCUGGGUGGCCUGGGUAUAAUUCACCACAACUGCUCGCCUGAAGACCAGGCGGAGAUGGUGAGGAAGGUGAAGCGUUAUGAGAACGGUUUCAUCUUGGACCCCGUUGUUCUUUCUCCUAAGGCUACUGUCGGAGAAGCCAAGGAGCUCAAGAGCACGUGGGGAUUCGGUGGCUUCCCAGUUACCGAAAGCGGAAACCUUCGGUCUAAACUUGUUGGAAUUGUCACCUCCCGGGACAUUCAGUUCCACCCCAACCUCGACGACCCAGUCACUGCUAUCAUGUCCACUGACCUUGUCACCGCCCCUGCUGGUACCACCCUCGCCGAGGCCAACGAAGUCCUCCGUUCCUCGAAGAAGGGAAAGCUGCCCAUUGUGGACAAGGAUGGUAACCUGGUCUCUCUGCUGUCUCGCAGUGAUUUGAUGAAGAAUCUUCACUACCCUCUCGCGUCUAAACUUCCUCAGUCUAAGCAACUGAUCUGCGCUGCUGCUAUCGGUACUCGUGAGGAAGAUAAGCGCAGACUUCAACUGCUUGUUGAUGCUGGCCUUGACAUUGUUGUUCUGGAUAGCAGCCAGGGCAACAGUAUGUACCAGAUCGAGAUGAUCAAGUACAUCAAGAAGACUCACCCCGAUAUUGACGUCAUUGCUGGUAAUGUUGUGACUCGGGAGCAAGCUGCACCUCUGAUUGCAGCCGGUGCCGAUGGCCUGAGAAUUGGCAUGGGUAGCGGCAGUGCUUGUAUUACCCAGGAAGUCAUGGCCGUCGGUCGUCCUCAGGCUAUCUCCGUCCGCAGCGUUUCUUCUUUCGCUGCUCGCUUCGGUGUUCCCACUAUCGCUGAUGGUGGUGUUCAGAAUGUUGGCCACAUUGUCAAGGGUCUUGCCAUGGGCGCCUCGACUGUCAUGAUGGGUGGUCUCCUUGCCGGUACCACUGAGUCUCCCGGCGAGUACUUCGUCAGCAACGAGGGCCAGCUUGUCAAGGCCUACCGUGGUAUGGGCAGUAUCGCUGCCAUGGAGGACAAGAAGGCCGGCGCCGGCUCUAAGGACAGCAAGGCUAGCAACGCCGGUACUGCCCGUUACUUCUCUGAGAAGGACCGCGUCCUUGUUGCUCAGGGUGUUGCGGGCUCUGUCCUUGACCGUGGCUCUGUCACCAAGUUCGUUCCUUACCUUGUUGCCGGUGUGCAGCACUCUCUGCAGGAUAUCGGUGUGCAGAGUCUCGACGCUCUCCAUGAGGGUGUUAACAAUGGUACCGUCCGAUUCGAAAUGAGAAGCGCCAGUGCCAUGGCCGAGGGUAACGUCCACGGUCUGCACAGCUUCGAUAAGAAGCUCUACUCUUAAAUCGCGAACGCCCACGUUUAAUAUUCUCGUUAUGAGCUAUCCUGAUAUUCGGGAUAUAUUUGCAUGAUGUCGCAUGGCUUGCAUGAAACACAAUAAAUGGAAAAAAGUCUGGGUAUGAGGUUCUGGAGUUAGAUGCGUGGAUAUUGCUUUUCUUGUUGGUCAAGAUCAUUCCAUUCACCAAUUCAAUUCAUAAUGGAGUCGGUUGUAUUCCAUGUUGAUGAAACAUCUACGUUCUUGUUCUUGAAAUCCUUUUGUAGGCGUAGUACUAGUAUUUGACCCCCAGUGGUGGAAGUUGUAAGAGUAGAGUCGUAAGGUUCUCGGAGACUGGCGAUCGUCUAAGCCUGAAGCGACCGCGUUACGGGCGGGGUAAACCUGACCUGCACGGCAAUGC